AUGUUUAACAUAAAAAUUUCUCCCAAACAAAAAUCAGAUGACAGGUCUAUAAUGAAUUAAAUAUUGAAAGAAGAAGCAUUUUUCUUGAACCAGAAGCAAGGCGAUAUUCAUUCUUUUGUUUUAGAUGAUGAUUAAGAUUAGCUUCUUAAUAAAUUACUUAGCAUUCAUAAGAUGACUAAUAUAGACAAGGAAAAUUAUACUAAACAUAUUAGUUAUUGUGUAAGAAAUUUAGGACAAAAAUCAAUAGAUAAAUUGCCGAUGAUUAUGGAAAAAUAUGUAAUAUUGUCAUAAUAUAUAAUUUAGAAAAAUGAAGAUGAAAGAUUCUAAAUAAUGUUUAUAGAUUAACUAAAUUUGAUAUAUGAAGCAUCUCAACAAGCCUAAUAACCAGUCAUAUAAAUUUUAAGCUUUUUUUUAUUGAAUAGUAUUUUGAAAAUUAAAGAACUUGCAGGUUAAUAAUUGACAAAAAUUGCACUGCAUUUAUAAGGAGAUGAAAAAGGAAAUUAAUUAUUACCAAUCAUUAUAAAAAUGGCACAUGAUGAUCUUAAUUAAGAUAAUAGAAUAGUGGCUUUAUAAUUGAUGGGGAAGUUAUCAUCAAUGUUUGGAAUACAAUUAAGUGAAUCUUUUAUUGCUUUUGAAGUAAUGUCUUUAGGAGAAGAUUCAAAACAAGAUGUGAGAAGGGAGGCUGUAAAUUAAUUACCUUUAGUAGCUAAAAUUGUUGGUAAAGAUUUUUUUAAUAAAAAAUUAUUCCCAUUCUAUAUGAAAAGAUGUAAAGAAUCAAAUACUAAAGUAAAAACUGCAUGUGUUGAACAUUUUUUACAAAUUGUAGAAUUAUCUUCAUAAAAUUAAAAAACUGUAGAUUUAACACCCCAGAUAAUAUAAUUUUAAAAGUAAUAAAUAUAAUUAUAUUUUUAGUGAUUCAAAUAAAUAUAUUAAGGGAGUUGCUUAUAGAUGUUUAGCUAGAUUUAUUGCUGCUAUUGAAAAAGAGAAAAUUGAACCAAAAUUAAUUGAAAACUAUCUUAAAAUGGCUGAUUCAGAUAUUAGAGAAUUAUUACCUGAAUAAUAAGUAAUGUUUGCUUGUGCUUAUGGUUUUCCUGCAGUUUUAUCUACAGUUGGAGUUAAUAGAUGGUAAUAAUUACAUAAAUUGUUCAAUCAUUUAUGGAAAUAAAAAAAUGAAAGAAUUUGUAAGACUUUAGCAGCUAGUCUUCAUGAAAUUGCUAAAAUUAUUGGUGCUGAGAGAGCUGAAAUAGAUUUAUUUCCUAUUUUAGAAAAUAUUUUUGUCAAAGAACCAAAUGAUAAUGUUUUAAUGGGUUGUGUUAAGAAUUUAUCAUAAUUUUUGAAAAUAUUUUCUGAUGAAAAGAAAGAAGCAUUUUUAGAAAUAUUUUUUUUAUUCAAAAAGAUUAAAAAAAUGGAGAAUUAGAGAAUCUAUUGCUAAUUAAUUAGAUGAA